CUUUUUUUUUCUUUCUUUUUAUAUACACAAAAGAUUCUUAAUUUCGUUUUCUCUCAAUUUCUAAAUCCCAAAAACCCUCUUUCUUUUUUUUCUUGCACUCGAUCUCGCCAAUGGCCAACAGUAAUCUCCCUCGAAGAAUCAUAAAGGAAACUCAGCGUCUCCUCAGUGAACCAGCGCCUGGAAUUAGUGCCUCACCAUCAGAGGAUAAUAUGCGAUGUUUCAAUGUGAUGAUCCUUGGUCCAACACAAUCUCCAUAUGAAGGAGGGGUUUUCAAGUUGGAACUAUUUUUGCCUGAAGAAUAUCCCAUGGCGGCUCCCAAGGUCCGGUUUCUUACAAAGAUAUAUCAUCCUAACAUUGAUAAGGUCAGCUCUACCUGUUCCUUCCUCGAUAUUCUGAAAGACAAAUGGAGUUCGGCUCUCCAGAUUCGAACUGUACUUUUGAGCAUUCAAGCACUCUUGAGUGCUCCUAAUCCUGAUGAUCCACUCUCGGAGAACAUUGCUAAGCACUGGAAAACAAAUGAGGCCGAAGCCGUCGAGACAGCUAAGGAAUGGACCCGUUUGUAUGCGAGCGGUGCAUAAUAUGAGUGGUGGAAAUGUUAGCUCUCUUGAAAUGACAUUUUUAUGCAAUGUAAUUCGGAAAUUCAGAAGAAUUAAUGUUUGAAAGAGUCUGAUAGUAGCAUAGCUUCCGGUUGCAACCUGUUAAAUCAUUUCGGUUUGGAGUUGGAAGCAAGUGCAGUCUCAUCUCUGAGCUUGUAAGAUAAUAUAUACAUUGUUCUCUAAAACUCUGAAAUGCUCAAACCAAAGAAUUAUUCUCAAAUGUAGCAAAAUGUUUAAACGACAUAAUUGAAUCUAAUUGUUAAUUUAUUAAA